AUGGAGAAGGAAUUAAAGCAGUUUUUCAAAGGACUUAAACGGCAACUUGCAACUGCCCAAGAUUGUGGAGAAGGCCAGGUCAAAGUGGGAAAAGACCCAUUGUCAUUUGAGCUUUACGAAUUUCUUUCCAGCCAUUUGCUGGAACUACCAGGAAGUGACGCAAUUUUCGCUCGGGUGUACUUGGUUAUCUCGUGGAAUCUCAUGUGCCGUUCUGCAAACGCAUUUGGCGUUCGACAUUCACACAUUGAAUGGGGUGGUGACUCACUGAGAGUCUAUUUUGCUCAUAUGAAAAAUGAUCAGGGUGGUGAUCGCCCACGUGAUCCGCGUCAUGUGUACGCUAAUCCACUACAGCCAUCAGUAUGUCCGAUACUGGCACUUGCCAUUUACUGGGCGACUUCUACUUUUGAUGUGGACAAUCGCCUAUUUCCAGGGUCGGAUCAAUAUGACCGGUUUCGUAAGAGUUUGCACCGAUUACUGGAAGACGACAGGGUUUCAGUGGAGUUAACCCAAGUGAUCUCGGUACUUAUUCAAUGCGCAAAGGGGCAGCCACAUACUGUGCGUCUGGUUCUACCACUUGUCCAUCAUCUACGGCGGUGCACUUGCGAGCAGGCUGGUCUCUGGGUGGUGUUCAGAACACAUAUCUACGCUAUGAGGCUGCAGGGGAUAUGCAUGUCGGGAGAACUGUUGCUGGACUGCCUACUAACAGCCAUGAGUUUGCUAUAUUGCCUCCGCACUUCGUGGAGCAAGAUGACUGGUGGACCCAACUCGAAGUUAAAAGCAACCGGUCUUCCGCCGCAUGUGUCGAUAUUGAGCCAGAUGAAGGAACUACAAAACAAAACGCUGCCAACUAUCGAAGAAAUUGAAGAAGUUCGCCACGAAAUAGUUAAGAACAUCGUGCGUGAAUUCGAAGAUCGGGCUAUUAGUGCACGGACGGUAACUUACGAUGGAUUACAAGAUGCUCGGCGGAAUUGUCUUGCAGAAGUCGAUAUUCACGAUCUCGUCGAUAAGCACAACGCCAUUGAGUCACCAACGGUGCAAAAUUCAACAUCAACGGACGAUCGUGUCACACCCUCAACAUUCUUCUGCGCCGGGAGGUUUCGCCGAGUUCCUUCCGACUUCGUCCUCCCUGAAUGCUCUGUUGCGAACCUGUGGGACCUUUGGCGUUGCGGUAACGCUGAGAAGCAGUUACCACCUCUGUGUAUGCUUGACGGUGUCGACAUGCCUAACAGUAACAGCCAGAAGCGACUCAGCGACGCUCGAUACCUGAUGAAGAAUCUGGAAGCGAUUGGAACAACACGGAACUUACUUCGUCGGAGGCAAACCGUGGAGGAGGUUGUCAGAGUUGAUGCAGCGAGUUCUUCAGCAGUAGAAGUACCAUUGACGACGGCACACGCUCGAAUGCGACGCAGAAGGCAGCUAACUUGGGUGUCGGUUGUACGACUGCACCGUAUCGCCGAUAGAGCCACACGAUCUUGA